AUGGUUCCGCGCCCAGGAGUGGAUUUCAUCCACCCCGACCGCGCAAAAAACCUAUCAGGGGCAGCGCCAAGACCAGCAGUACGGCACCCCAAACACAGCAGCAACGGUAACAAAAAUAUCAGCAUGGACCAGAUCAUCGAGGGCGCCAAUAAAGUUCUCCGAUACAUUGAAAACAAUGGCCAGGAGGACCCGAUCAUCACCGGAUACAUCCGCACGGUCAAGGAGUAUGCGAUCAAUUCUCGACAGCGUCCUGAGGACGCCAACGCCCAAGAGGGCAUGACGAGGGUAAUUGCAGCCCUUGAGAAAAUCGCGGCGGACACUGAACGCCUGAAUACCCGCAUCGACGGCAUCGAAAAAUCAACGAACUCGUCAACAUCUGCUUCGACCCUGUCGUCCGCAGACCGCUGGCGCUCCUUUCGGGCCGGUGCCUGGCAACGGGACGCUGCUAUCAACGCUGCGCCCCCCACGCACCGCAGUAAUGGCACAGCAUCUCCGGGGGUGCCAGAAAUUGAACUUAGAGAGGACCAUACAAUUGUGGUGAAAGUGGACCAUUCGUGCCGGGAAAAGAUACGUCAAACGGACUCGGCCACGAUGGUCCAGAAGACGGAGCUCUUGCGUGAAAAGCAGGCACGCAAGAACACCUCCGCUGCUCUUGCUGGAGGCGCAUACUUCGUAGCAGCCCGGGUGCUGCCGUCUGGGGAUGUGGCGAUGCUGGUCAAUUCAGCGUCUGGCGCUGAACUCCUCCGCCGACAUACCGAUUGGGUGAGCUUCUUCGGAAGAGAGGCCAAAGUCCAGAAGCCGUCGUGGGGCGUUGUCGUACAUGGUCUUCCACGCCAAAACUCGAUAUCGUGGGGCGGUAAAGCUGAGAUUCUUCACCUUGACUGGCUCACCCGCCCGAGGGAUAGCCAGCGCGAGGCCUCAGUGGUGAUUGAAUUCGACAGCCCGGUUGUAGCCAAUCAGGCUAUUGAUGCAGGACUAGUCUGGAACCACGAGAUCCAUACUGUCGUCUACUUCUGCCGUAACGGCAGGGUGAAGCUGUGUCGUAAAUGCCAGAAAACAGGGCAUAUACAAUCACACUGUCCCUCUAAGGAAUUUGCUUGCGGCCACUGCGCGAGAUCGCACCCGACCUGGGAGUGCGACUCGCUAAGUGGUGCACCAGUCACGACCAAGUGUGCUAAUUGUGGUGGCGGCCACCGGCCAACUAACCCAGCGUGUCCUAUCAAACAGGAAGCGAGGAAAAUCGCGGAUCAGGUACGGGCUCAGUGCCCUCCAUAUCAUCGGGUCCCGCUACACUUCCGCUCCCAUGUUUCAACAACACACACACAGGAACCAGCGCAUGAAACAGCACGGGGACCAGUGCCCAGACGAAACCCACCAACAGCCACAACGGACACGCUCGAUGCGUCAAUACACGCUCCUACCCCAGUGGCCCAUAUAUCGACGGCCCCUUCAGCCCCUAUCCGCAGGGGCCCAGGCCGUCCAAAGGGUUCAAAGAACAAGACCAAAGAGUCGACAGCCGGCGAGGAUGACGACCUCCCCACCCCACCAGAAGUCACUGAAGCGGCCUUAUCUGUAUCGAGACGUUCAAGGACCUCCCGCUCACAGCAAGAGACAGUCCGACUAAUGACUGACCCUGAGCGAAUACUCCAUGCCAACAAUAAAAGACGCCGGAUGGUCGAACCAGAUAAUGUUAUGGACGAGGAUCCAGACACAGACAUAUGGACCACCCAACCACAACAACAGGAACAAGAACAACCGCUCUCUCAGCUACAGAGCCAAAAGAGCACCAAUCCCGCCGCACUACGGGAGAAAGUCGUCAAGUUCCGCAUCAAACCCCCAAUGCCCCCAGCACCGACGCCCACAGAAAACACACAAAUCCCAAGCCACGGACUAGACCUCGGCAUCGAAAUCCCCUCCUUCCUGGCAUUCGGCAGCUCUCCCCCACAGGCAGCCCCAGAAGUAACAGCAACAGUGACCAACUCUCUAGAGAUCAUCGACGACGAACAAUUCUUUGAAGUAUCGGACGGCAGCGACCGCUCCGACUAUGACGAACAAGAUAACAUCGAUAAUGACCUUUACAAUGAAUAA